AUGGAAGACAUGGCAAGGGCCGAGUAUCCCGCCAUGCUGGCAGCUCUCCAGCCCGGCCAGGCGGCUCAUACCCUCUCAGAACGAGUAAAGCGCAUGUCCCGCAUCAACGUCGAAAUUGCCGACUGGCUCCAGGAGCGCCGUCGCGUCGAGGAACAGUAUGUUCAGGGCUUGCGCAAGCUCACUGCCUUCAAGGUGCCCAAUGCCCAGUCUGAGCUAGGUGUCUUCCAGGCCCCAUGGAACCGAAUCAUCGACUCGGUCGAGAGCAUCGCCCACUCCCACCAUCAGCUCGCCGAUCGCAUCGAGAAGGACAUUGAGCACCCCCUACGCAACUUUCACAUCCGCAAGGACUUCCAAAACAUGAACACCAUGUCCAACAACCUGGCUACCAUGGCAAAGGACCUUGAGGAGGCUCAGGAGCGGUCCGACAAGCUGAGCAAGAAGGGGGGUCGUGCCAACACCCAAAAGGUCGACGCCGCCUCGUCUAAGCUGGAGGCUGCUAGCGGACAGUGGGAGUCGCAGGCGCCCUUCAUCUUCGAGUCCCUCCAAGCCCUCGACGAGUCGCGGGUCAACAAUCUGCGUGACCUCCUCACCCAGUACCAGACCCACGAAUCCGACCAAGCCCAGCGCGUUCAGGAGAAUGCCGUCGAAACGCUUGCGCUCAUGCUUGAGAUCGAUACGGACAAGGAAAUCCAGUCAUUUGUGAACAGGGCCACCCAAGGCAGGGCCAAGCUUCCCACGAGGACUUCAACGCGACAGUCGUCCGUUGUCGGCACCACGCCUUCAACGCCAGUGCCCCCAAGCACUGCUGGUAGCACCAAUGCACCCACACCAAGCGUCCAGGCGCCUCCUACCCCUGCUGCCGCUUCCUCUACCGUUCCCGACGACGAUGUGAGCGAGAACAAUUCGGUUCCACAAGAGCCCAAGCCAGGCGGCAAACUUCGCCGUCUCGGUACCAUGUUUGGUGGACGAAGGCGACAGAGCAUGCACGCCGGUUUUGGCCAAUUAUCCCCUCAAAAGGGCGGCCCUGGCUUCGGCAGGUUGGGAACCAGCCACAGUCAUCAUGACCGCGGUGUCUCACCAAGAGGCUCCUCGACUAAUCUGCAGGAGCAUCAUCGACUGUCCUCUCUAGCAGAAGCACCUGAUGUGCCUAAGCUGCCCGCGAAUAUCGACCAACCAUCCAAGCCCGAGUCCACGCCGCACGAUAACACGAACGGAGUGUCGCACAAUGAAGGUCUGAUGGACAGCCCGAUCCCACAAACGACUGCAGGCACAGUCAAUGGCAACCAUGAGCCCGAUUUGUCAGAUGUUCAGCCGCCCCCAGGCCCUCCUCCUUCGCACAAGCCAGAGGAGCAGCAAUCGACCCCUGCUGCAGCCACUGCUGGAACCAAGGACUCAGAAGGCUUCACUGUGCCACCGCCGAUGAACGACCCCAUCUCGCAAGCUCAAAGGGAGGCCCAGCAGGAAGCAGGUGAAGACCCUGAGCAACUGCUCAAGGUCAACAUUCAGCAGACACCAGUUGAGGAAGAGGAUCCGGAAGCCAAGCUCGCUGCGUUGUCGAGUGUUGCCAACAGCCUCAAGAUCGGUCCGGCCACUCGUCGCACAGGCACCGUAAGAGGUCGCCGUGACGUCCGGCACACCGUCUACGUCCCACCGCCUAGUAUGCCCGAGAGCGGUACUGAUUCCUCCGUGGGCGGGUUCCCUGUGUCGCCUUCAUUGCCCGCUACAUCCUUCACAAAGUCCGGCACCGUCGCUGCGCUAGCAUCCGAGGCUAGCAUUGCUGGAACUUCAGAUACGCAGUCUGUACGAUCGGGCAACUCAUUGGGAAGCCUUGCCCACCCCAAGCAUCCUGAUAUGACGGCCCCUGGUCUGAACUCAUCCAUCAUUGAGAGUGUCUCUGCUGUCUUUGAAGAGGGUGGCAUUAAGUCUGCAUCCAUCACUGGUGAAGUUGCGUUUGUCAACAACCCCAGUGAUUCGGGCGAUGCAAAGAGUUACGAAACCAUCCGUAUCAACAACUUUGCAGCACUGGAGCGCAUUGGUCCUAACCGCAUCUUCGUGCAAAACUCAUCAGUUGAAAACCACGAUCAGUUCUCCCUCGACGUCUCCCAUCUCACCAAGACAAACACGGCAUUCUCCUAUCGGGUAUUUGCUGAGGAUUCUGGAAGCCCCGCGCUCGGUCAGCAUGCGCCCUUGCUCCUGAAGCUUGCCUGGAAGCCUCAAGGAGACAAGCUCGGCUUGCUACUACAAUACCAGCUCAACCCAUCCUUCAAGUUCUCUGCGCCUGUAACGUUACACAAUGUGGUCAUCGUGGCGACGUACGAGGGCCGGUCAAGCGGCGCUCAGACGAAGCCUGUGGGAACACACCUCAAGGACAAGCACCUGGUGUACUGGCGGGUAGGCGAUGUGACGCUCACCAACGAACCCCACAAGAUUGUGUGCCGUAUCAUCGGCGCCGAGGGCACCGAGCCCAAGCCAGGACAUGUUGAGGCCAGAUGGGAGUACACUCCCUCUGGAGACGAUGUGGUAGGAAGCGGCAUUUCCAUCUCGAGACUUGACGAGGGCAAGGGCAAGGCGAAGGAACUUACAGAGGAUGACCCCUUCGCCGACGACAGCGCAAGCACGGAGCAGAAGUGGGUAGACGUGCCGGUGGUGAGAAAGCUCGUCAGUGGCAAGUACGAGGGUCGGUAA